UCCCCGGGUGCCUCCGCUGACUCCUACUCUGUUUCUCCCGGGACAAGGGCAGGGUUCGAGCCCAGUGGGAGGCUUUCGGAGCGUAGCUUGGGUCCAGCCCAUCGGCACUGGAGGCCAUGGCGAGCACUCUGGAUUUGGACAAGGGUUGCACGGUAGAGGAGCUGCUCCGAGGCUGCAUCGAAGCCUUUGAUGACUCCGGAAAGGUGCGAGAUCCGCAGCUAGUGCGCAUGUUUCUCAUGAUGCACCCCUGGUACAUACCUUCCUCUCAGCUGGCUGCAAAACUGCUCCACAUCUAUCAGCAAUCCCGGAAGGACAACUCCAAUUCUCUACAGGUGAAAAUGUGUCACCUGUGCAGGUACUGGAUCUCAGCAUUCCCAGCAGAGUUUGAUCUGAACCCAGAGCUGGCUGAGCAGAUCAAAGAGCUGAAAGCUCUGUUAGACCAAGAAGGGAACCGAAGGCACAGCAGCCUCAUCGACAUCGAGAGUGUCCCUACCUACAAGUGGAAGCGGCAGGUGACGCAGCGGAACCCUGUGGAACAGAAAAAGCGCAAGAUGUCCCUGUUGUUUGAUCACUUGGAACCUAUGGAGCUGGCAGAGCAUCUCACCUACUUGGAGUAUCGGUCCUUCUGCAAGAUCCUGUUCCAGGACUAUCACAGCUUUGUGACUCACGGCUGCACCGUAGACAAUCCUGUCCUGGAGCGAUUCAUCUCCCUCUUCAACAGCGUCUCACAGUGGGUCCAGCUCAUGAUCCUCAGCAAGCCCACAGCCACGCAGCGGGCGCUGGUCAUCACACACUUCGUGCAUGUGGCAGAGAAACUGCUGCAGCUGCAGAACUUCAACACGCUGAUGGCUGUUGUUGGAGGCCUGAGCCACAGCUCCAUCUCACGCCUCAAGGAGACCCACAGCCAUGUCAGCCCUGAGACCAUCAAGCUCUGGGAAGGCCUGACGGAAUUAGUGACAGCCACUGGCAACUACAGCAACUACCGGCGAAGGCUGGCAGCCUGUGUAGGCUUCCGCUUCCCUAUCCUGGGUGUUCACCUCAAGGAUCUGGUGGCCCUGCAACUGGCACUGCCUGACUGGCUGGACCCAGGUCGAACCAGGCUCAAUGGAGCCAAGAUGAGGCAACUUUUUAGCAUUCUCGAGGAGUUGGCCAUGGUGACCAGCCUGCGACCACCAGUGCAAGCCAACCCUGACCUGCUGAGUCUGCUCACGGUGUCCCUGGAUCAGUAUCAGACGGAGGAUGAGCUGUACCAGCUUUCCCUGCAGCGUGAGCCACGCUCCAAGUCAUCGCCAACCAGCCCCACCAGCUGCACUCCGCCUCCCCGACCUCCUGUGCUGGAAGAGUGGACCUCAGUUGCCAAGCCUAAGCUGGACCAAGCCUUGGUGGCAGAGCACAUUGAGAAGAUGGUGGAGUCUGUGUUCCGGAACUUUGACGUCGAUGGGGAUGGUCACAUCUCACAAGAGGAGUUCCAGAUCAUCCGGGGCAACUUCCCUUAUCUCAGCGCCUUUGGGGACCUGGACCAGAACCAGGAUGGCUGCAUCAGCCGGGAGGAGAUGGUCUCCUACUUCCUGCGCUCCAGCUCGGUGCUGGGCGGCCGCAUGGGCUUCGUGCACAACUUCCAGGAGAGUAACUCGCUACGCCCGGUUGCCUGUCGCCACUGCAAAGCUCUGAUCCUGGGCAUCUACAAGCAGGGCCUCAAAUGCAGAGCUUGUGGUGUGAAUUGCCACAAACAGUGCAAAGACCGCCUGUCUGUGGAGUGUCGCCGCAGGGCCCAGAGUGUGAGCCUGGAGGGCUCUGCGCCCUCUCCCUCACCCACACAUACCCACCAUCGGGCUUUUAGCUUCUCCCUGCCUCGCCCAGGCAGGCGCAGCUCCAGGCCCCCAGAGAUCCGAGAAGAGGAGGUGCAAACAGUGGAGGACGGAGUGUUUGAUAUCCACUUAUAA